UGAGGUCUCUGCCUGUGCGAGCAGAAAUAGCCCGUGGCUCUGGGGGUGGGACAUAGGACGCACGAGUUCUUCCGACUCUCCGCCCAGCCCCGCCGAUGUUCUUGUCUCAGUUGGGAACUCCUUGUUCCCAAACGGAGUUUUAUUUUUGUGCUUGCUCUGUUUAGAGAAUCAGCCCAGUUACGCCGUUUUUUAAGAGUCGCGCGCAAACUCGGGGACGCGCCGGAGGCGGCGGCAGGAAAGCGGCUAGACGUAGGCUGGUUUUGUUUACUGGGUCCGAGUCAUUAAUUCGUAUCUUCGAGCAGCUGCCGUGUUCUCGUCUUCCCUUUUCCUCCUCCCUUACUAAGGGGCGGGGGGGAAGGAGUGAGGUGAGGAAAAAGCACCUCGACCAGCUUUAUGGGGGCUGAGUCUAAAUCCCAAAGGAAACAUGCCUCUUUCUGAGAGUAAAAUCCUACAACCUUCCUGCAGCAGGAAACUAUGCAGAAAUCUCUUUGGACCAGUUGAUCAUGAACAGCUCCAGAAGGACUUUCAGUCCUUGAUGAAGGUCCAGCUGGAGGAAGCCCAGCAAAAGUGGAACUUUGACUUUGAAACAGAAACCCCACUGGAAGGGAAUUACAAAUGGGAAAAGGUCUCUCACCUAAAUAUGCUGCCAUCGCCAGAUCUCUUAGACCACACAAAGGAGAACAGCUGUGCUGGGGAAAAGAGCCGGAGUUCUCCAGCACUUUUCAAGAGGCACACGAAGACAGAGAGACCAGGGCAGGUGGGCCUUGAAGCUCGUAAGCCUGACUCUCCCAGGUCUUUGAAAAGAAAGCAGACAAGUAUUAAAGACUUCUACAGUUCGAAGCGAAGAACUAUCCCAUAUAAGUCAAAACCAUGAUAAGUGCACUGCAAGCAAAGUACGUCCAUGUAGUCUGUUGGCUGAAGAUAUUUAUCUGUCUUCAUCACUAUUAUCUGGAAUGACCUACUUGGGUACCACACCCGGUGAAGUCACCCAGGAUGGCUAUUUUGAAGGACCAGCUGAUCAGCAUUACAACUCCUUGACUGAAGAUCCUCAGAGAUCUCUUAUUUUAUAUAAACUCUGUAGCGGACUAGUAUAACACUUCAGAAGGGUGUAGAUAUUAGAUCAUUGAUAGCACUGGAGCUUUAUGUGCAAUGGAAUAUUGUAAAAUCUUCCCUUUAAAUAUACUUAAAGUUGCAGGGGGAGGGAUCAUAUCUAAAGGGCCAAGUGUGUAGGGGCCAGUGUGAUGGACCCAAGAAAGGGCCAACGUACGUUCUGCUAGUUGCAGAGAUCUGUUUUAUGUGUCAUCUACUUGCCGCCUUUUAUGUGCCUCAGGAAAAGCUUGGUAUGAUGUCUCACUAUGCGGGUGCAGGUCUAGGAAUUAAUAUAUGUACAGGAUAACGUCUUAGGCUUGUGAUCUUUCUGUCUCUUUUUACUCCAUUAUGUUUAAGCAAAUAUUGUGAGGGAAAGGAAUUGAUUGUUCUUUUUUUUUUUUUUUUAAGCCUGGCAAAUGUUUUUUUAAAAAAGAUGAAGAACCUGUGGUUAUGGUGGGUACGGUUGUGCAUCAAACCAUAGCACUUACUGCUGUGAAGAGGGCAGGGAGUCCAUGUUGGAGAUAUGGCAAACAAUGUAGCCUUGGUCAGUUAUUUUUUGGGUAAUUUAUAUGUCCUUUUGUUAUAUAACUGUACAGGAGUACCUAACAAUAUAACUGCCCCAUAAUAAUACAAUUAAGACAGAAGAUGGAACACAUAUUAGUGUGAGGGACAGGUAUAAUCAUAAAAUUGAGCAUACAUCACUACUGUCUUAGUUCCUUCUACCAUACAGUAUGUUCUUUGCCAGCAUAAUUAGCUAUUGAACCUUUUUUAAUGCAGAUCUUUCAGUAUGUAUUUAUGUAGCAUUGUAGCGAUUAGUGAGGGAAAAUGGUGUGUGCUAGCAAGGGUUCAUGUAGUGUAAUCUUUGACUUUCCAUUGCCGUAUCUCACUGUGGCAUAGCACAUUUGUGAUAGAGGUUGAUAAAAGGACUUGGCCCAGACUUGCUUUCUGUAAUUCCUAUAGCUAUCUGUGUUCUCUGAGCUGUCUUUAAAUAAGAGGCAUUGCCAAACUGGCAAUUACAUCACUUAAAGCUACAGCUUAGUUACUUAGUGUGAGAUAAUCUAAUUCACAGAUUUCUUUUUGCUUGGAAUUUGGGGCUAUUAUAAAUUCUUGCUGUUGCACUUUCCUGUCAGAUAUCCACAUCUUAAUCCUGGGUACAUUGUAUGAUUAUAAUCAAAAGUACAGGCCUAUAAUAUAAUCAAAAGUUUGGAACCCAUCUUUAAUGGCAGUUUUGCUUGUAUCUGCAAUGCUUCUUUAUCUCCAUCUUGUUGUAAUAAUAAGGUAGGGACAGCAUUCCAUUGUCAGAAUUUGUUACAAUGGUGCAAUGUGGUGUUUUUAUGGGAAUUGCUUCUUUUAUUGGGUCAGCAGAAGCUGCAACUGGUUUGUAAAACCCACAUUUCUAACUUGACUAUGUUUUAUGGUAGAUCUAAAUUCCUACACCACAAAGAAAAUGUGGAUAGUAUAUCAGCAUCUGGUAGGGAUUCCUAACCUUCUUGACUGGUGGGCAUAUUUUGAAUUUUGAGAAAGUAUUGCAAUGCCUCACAAAAGAACUCCUAAUGGGAAAAGAGCUUGCACGUUCAUAAAAUGGUUGGCAUAGUCAUAAAAUACCAGUCUUCCAGAAGGGAAGCUGGUCAAGGUAAAAAGAAGUGUCUUGUCCAGGAACUCAGGCAGAAGGCAAGGGGCAAUGUUUAGCAAAGCCACUUUUCUCAGUUCCUUUGGAGGCCUUAAACUCCAAAAUGCAAAGCCACUUUUCUCAGUUUCCAAAUCUGUUUUCCAAAUGACAAACAAAUGAGGCUCAAAAGAAAGCAGGGUGGCCAAGAACUGAAUGCAAGGCAGAGGCAGAAUGUGAGUUCCGUAUGUCAAAUUACACACAAAACCCAUAAAUGCAACAAAAUGGCCAUUUCACACCUGCAAAGUUCCUCCUCGACGCCAGGCAGCAGACACAGCACAGGCAAAACCACCUGCUUGCUUUAGUUGGCUAGGAUGUGUUUUGCUACCUCCCCAAGCUUAUCUAAUUUUGUUCUGGAUAUUUGCACACCUUAAAGCCUAGAGGCUUUCUUAGAAAUAAAAUAUGUUGGAAGUUAACACACAAUUUUAUAGCAGGAUGGGGUUUUCUUCCCCCUAUUUAAUUUUGUAAGAUGCUAAAUUAAAAAAAGCAAAAAACAAAACAGUCAGGAAAUCUAGCAAUUGCCAAGGAAGCAUCAGUGGGCAGCACUGAGCUAGCGUUUUACUCCUGACAAA